UACUAAAUAAAUAUAUCCCGUAUCGUUUCUUGAGUAUAUAUCCAUCAUACUGUGUACCGAGUGUUUGCAAGUGGUACACAUUCAAGGUUGUAUGUUACCGUAUAAGUCAUGAAUGAAUCGUUUAUCUCAUUGAUAGCUUACACCUUUGAACAUGUACAUCCCAGAAAAGGCUGUCUAUUGUGUUAGGAUGAAUAAAUGGGCCUUUACUUCUCUAAAACUUUACUCUAGAGUAAACUUGGACUCCUAAAAUGCUAUUCAGAGGUCAAAUGAAAACCACUGAAUGUGUGUUGAGGUGCUGUUUUAUUAAUGGCUGAAUGGUUACUUGAGGGUAUAACCCUGCUGCAACAGCAGCUACAGCGUUUUGGGCUGCGUAACUUCGGCUACAUGCUUCUAGAGAAUUCCUCGAAGCCCGAUGGCAGCCUGUUAUCGCGAUUAAAGCAGAGUUGUGAGGUAUCCUCCAAAGAUGAAUGCCCGCAGCCCUCUGUUGUAGACUCCUGUAAUACUCCUGGAGACCCUCAGUCCCACGAUGGGAGGUGUAUUAGUUUACUGCACCUACAGGAUACUGCCUAUUUGUCGACCAAUGCGUACUACCCACUGCAUGGCAAACUCAGGAAAAUCGAAAGCCGGUGGAACGGUUGCACAUCCUAUAAACGGAUGUUGAAAACAAUUUCCAAACUAGAGUCAUUGGAAUGCCAGGGGCCGCUCCACUUGGUAUUGCGUGAGAUCCUGAUGCCUAUGCUUAAGCAAUUAAGUAGCCUACUGUCUACAGGAGAUCGCAAACCAUUUUACCAAGGUGUCCGCCGGUUUUCAUAUAUGGUAUUGACCAUGUUCACUGGUGGGUAUGGCCAGGAGCUUUACGAGGAUAUUGACUCUGAUGACGUGAUACUGCUUGUAUCAUUCCUUAGGCAGCACUUAUCGCUUUUACUGAACACUGAUAUAGAUCGCCUGUUUACUGGAGGCGCCUUGCCAGUGCGUACCAUAUUUACCUGGGCCCGUAGUGUAGUAUAUACCGUAAACCUAUUGCAAGCACUACGACCUAAGGUGGCUGAAUCAUUUCAAGACGACUUGAUAUAUGACUUCCAAGACCUGCUGCAACGAAGGUAUGGCACCACUGCCAAGCUCUUCCAGAGGACUUUUAAGACUGCAUCUCCUGUGGAAUCGGGGCAGGAACUUAGCAACCCUGCUGUUGUGGUUAACAACAGCAGCGUUACACUCAUGGCUAUACUCAUCUCCGAGCUGUGCAAUAUCGAGCGCGUUGAACCUUGUGUUGCAUUGCCUAAUGGCACUCCGGGGACUUAUAGCAAUGGUGACUCUCAGUCAGCUUUAUUCGCUGAUACCCACUACUUCACAUCACCACUGUUCCUUAGUUCCGGGAAGGCCGUGCAUACGUUAUUGCCGUACCUCGCCUCGCAGCUGCUGGAUAACUCCCUGAGGCAGCUGGAGUACAUAGUGAGUAGUGUCGCAUCACUAUUGCACCACGUGUCCCUGUGGCAGAGUUACAGCUACAUGAUACUGGGUUACUGCGACUUUGGAUACAAUGGCCAUUUCCCGAAACACGUGCUCGGGGACCAUGAUGAAGGCAGUUACGACAGCAGCGCAUUCCUGGAGCUGCUGGAUUCAAAUGAGUCUAGCAGGUUGCACGAUAUGGACAUCACUGGAUCCAGCACUUUGUUGAGGGCAUUGCGGCUACUGGAAGAACUGGUAACUUGGCUGCUCCAGGAAGUGGUCUCCGGUAACGAAGGGAGCCACAUGAUGGGAUUCCUCCAAUUAGUCUCGCGCACAAUGUUUGUCUGGCACAUACAUUACUACCGGACCUAUAUAAGAGCCAUGGGCGCUCAGGCGCACGAUUGUGACUACUACGCCACCUUCCUGAAGAUGAGCGCCGUCACGCUCAAUAGGUACAGGCGCCAAAUGCCACCCGAGGUUGCCGACAUCCUGUUAUCCAUUAUUUGCAUUGCACUAAGGGUAAUGGCCCGCUCCAGGGAGCGCCACCGGCUGGCACAUAUAGUCAUUUACUCAUUCCUCCGCCCGUUCAGCUACCUCGUGGGAACCGGUACAAUACCCACUGAAGAAGACGCUCCCUGUACCGCUAUACCGCUGUCCAAAGACGCAGUGCUGCGUAUUGACACUUAUGCCUACAACUGCCUGAGGUCAAUUAUCCUGGAGUACACCCAGUGUACCAACAGGCCCUAUGAGUUAAUGAAAUGCAUAUACUCCCAGCUGCAGCUGCGCGGGUACAAAGUGGAGUCGAUAACUGAAAUUGGAAGUGACGCCAUGUUAAACCUGCUCAAACGAUUCGGGGAGUACGACCGGCGGCGUAAGGUAAAUCUAUACACUGACGAAGAUUGCGCUUCACAAGACGGCCAGCAGAGGAGUAGUACUAGCUAUGCGUUCACUAAGUGUUUCCCAGUUGAGCUCGCUGAUCACACUUCCGUGGUUCUAGUAUGCCUGGCAACUGAUAUCGCCAUGCGAUGCCUGCUGCGCCAUGAAACUAUGGAGAAUGCCGAUAUUGCACUGUCGUUUGUAUUUGUCAACUCAAUGGUACUCCUACUCCUAAACGCCCAGAAUGGGAUGAUAAAGGACUACAGAAGCGUUAUCCUGCUCCUGGAUACCUACUGCAGGAUCCAGAUGAUAGAUAUAUCCGGUAGCAUGAAGAUGGCUGUUAGGGCGCCCCUGAUAUCGGCAGUGCACCUUGGCGACUCCGUAGUGGAGGUGAUGCUGUACUCCGUCAUCGCCAUGCAGAAGUGCAGCAACUCCGAUAAACUCUCCAGGAAAUACUCAGUACUACUCAUGAGGUCACUGAGGUCAAUGAUUGCAUCGCCCCUUAAGGAUGCGGUAUAUGUAAUAAAGACGCUGAAAUUCCUCCUGGAGUAUAACCGGUGCCGUGUGGAUGAUGAUGCAUCUAGCCACUUGCGCUCCAUGUCGCAACAGAGCAACGAUCCUUGCUGUAUGAACACGGAAUGUACCGGGUCAACUGAUAAAGGGGGUGAUACAGAUCUAUUGCCCUGUAAAUACAGCGAUACUACAAUAACGCCGUCGCCUCCAGCGGUGAUAGACAAGCUUAUUAUACACGCACUAUGCCGUUACCUGGCAAGUGUAGCUGUUAAUUACAAUAGGCUCCGGAAAAGCAGCAACGUGGAGUCGAUGAUACUCGUAUUCGAUGAUAUAUUCAAGGCAGUACAGGAGUUCAUCAAGUUUGCCCACGUGAAUGCACAGAUGAACCUGAUAGAGGUGAUACCACACCUGCUGCAUCUGUGGGACCUGGUGUCAGAACAAACCGCUACCAGUGAGCACCUGAUAGCGCUGUGCAUGGCCUCGGAGUCCCUAAACCGCCGUUUUCACGCAGUGGCGCACGGUGUGCCUCUAUUAUCGGAACUCACGCGGGCGCUGUCACUAGGUUCAUACCACAUGAAUGUGGAUACCCACGACCCCGGGUUAGCUAAGAGCGACCAGUCAAUGGAGUCCGUGAUGACCUCAGUCAGUAGAUCCAACUCCGGAAUUCAUACCGUGUCUAACGCAGUGCUACACAGAGGUAACUUCUCAACGAGCCACAGCGGUGCCACCACUCCAGGGCGCUCGACAGUAUCACAUGGACGAUACGUAACACUCUACUCAUCCUCGGCACCGGCGUACUGCUACCACUGUCUACAGAAGUUCGCACCCACAGCUGUGCGUGGGACCUACUACUUGACGUGUAACCGUUGUUUAAUGCCAAAUCCCAUAUACUGCCAGGGGCAGAUAGACCUCCAGAACAGCAGUAUCCAGGUCUUUAUCUCCACUGACGUGCCUUUACUGGCACGUCGCACUAUAGGUACCGGGUUGUUUUCGUUAAGGCCUGGUACUACCUCGUUAUUCGAAGGCAUUGCUCUGGAGUGGCCGUACAUAUUAUCGCUACUCGAGAGGUAUAUCGACUACUUGUACAAUGCCAACGACGACCAGAUAGAGUACUACAUGGAGCGAUUAUCGAAUAUAUGGUCCCAGCUAAUCUACUCAAUGAGGACCUGCAACAACACCCUGGUACAAAUAGCAAGGAAGCUUUCGACCCCGGGGCCUACAUGCCUCCUGUCAAUGAUGAACAAGCAGUAUCUGCACACGCUGUUCACUGGUAAAUUCAAUAAUGAGUUCCUACCGCUUUUUGAGUACCGGCAAAGUGACAACAUGGCCAUCAUGGCAGAUGCGUCCGUGGAGCCCGGGUACAUGCAAAGCCUCUACUUCUACGACUGCCUGUCGCUACUGUUCUGCUGCCAACUGCCAAAGAGCGCUUUGCCAGUUACCGAGGAGCACCACCCAUUGGAUCGUAGCGGCUUCAGUGAUAUCCCCAAGGAGGAUCACGAGGUAUCACGCAAGAUACUAGGGCCGCACGCCAUUGCAAUAGCGGCCAACAUGAGCACCUCGACCAUUACCGAGGUUAUCACCACCCUGCUGCAGAACGUAAUAGACAGCGAGCUGAUAUCAUCAAAGUACUUACUACCGGAUCUAAGUAGUGUCCACCAAGAUAGUAUGACUUUGUCGGAUAUAAGGACCAGUGACAGAUAUAGGUUCUCCAACGCCUGGGUAAAGCUCACACAGAUCUGCAAUGUAGUAUCUAUCCCUAUAAACCGAUUGGCUAUAUCAGGGCUAUCCAUGGCGCCAGUGCGCCUGUGUAUGACCGCCAUGUCCAAGAUGACGCCGCUCCAGGUCAUGGCCAAGGCGAUGUUCGAGCUCAUACUGACACCAACGGCCUUCGACAGGCUUGAGCUACUCCAUGAAGGUACUAUCAAGUCAGUGCUGUGCACUGACGCCACCUUGCAGCACAGCUUGGACGAUUGCGACUAUCGUUUGUUCCAGCUUAUGCAGGCUAUAAACGAUGGGACUGACCCGCUGGAGUUCCAAGAGCAGCUUUUGAAGCUCGAUAAGUACAGGUUCUAUGCGCUGGUGCGGCUGCUGUGGUACGCCACCAAUCCACACGUCAUCAUCCGUAUGAUGGACGUGGCUAAAAACCAGGAGUCGCUGUUGCAAAUCCAGACUGAUUACGUAUCCAAGCCCUUCUCGGCCUACCUAGAACUUGUCAAAGCUAACCGGCAACUGGAUCCCGUUAACCAACAGGUUGGCAUAAGCCAGCAGGACUCUAACCCGAGCCAGGCUCCGUCGAACGCUAGCUGUGCACAGACAAAUACAACUCAACCCAAAGUGGUGGACAGUGGCAGUAAUUACGUGGCUUCCGAGUUUGAGCAUGGUACAUUACCAACCAUGGACUCUAUAGCUCUAUCAUCAGAUGUAAUGGAACCAACCAACUCGCCAGAGGCGCUAAGCGAGAGUAGCAAAGACAGCUUAAGCGAGUCUGCUAUAGACCUACCGGCACUAGUUGAAUACCUCCAGGAGAAUUUCGUACGCAUACUGGAGUACUUCGUGGCAGUAUGGUUAAACCGAGCGCAGCAAACGCUCAACUUUGCCCUAAAAAAUAAACGUGUGUUCUAUCCAGAAAUAUAUGGAUACCACGACAAAGAUCGCAUGUCAUACGUACAUAUAGCAAGGACCUAUAACUGCAUAGCCAUUUUGAUCUGCCUGUAUCAGGGUGAUAUAGACGUAUUCUGUGACCGCUUGAUCGAGGUGCUGACACUGCAGCAGGUUAACGAGCAUAUAGGGUCAGUGCUACUGACAUGCUGGAGAGUGUUCUCCCGUAAAAUAUCAGCGGAGAUCCUAGGGCUCUGUGCGCCCGGUAUUGCAUACAACGUGGCACUUAUAGAGGCGCUAGGUAUAGACCCACAGAAGAGCCGUGGCCUUAUAGAGGAAAUAAAGUCAAGACUCAAUGACAUGAGUGAUGGAGCGCGGCUGUGCUCAUAUGUCGAUUGUGUAGUUUCAGUGGUCAGGUCACCCUUAGACGUAAAGGGUAUAGAGAUCAAGCUGGCAAUGCUGGCUGCAUUGCUCCACAGAGGUGAUAGAGUAAAGGUGCCAUACAUCACCAGGGAAGCUGCUGCCAUCACUGCCAACCACCUGCUAGAGCUGAACCCAUUCGUAUCAAACAUGGAGCACUGCAGGCAGCCGGCAUCCAGCUUGGCGGAGGCGGCUCUGUGCACGAUUGCCGAGUACUCAGAUGACUUCUCCAAGACACCCACCACCCUGGCCACGGAGUGCUGCUCAAUCCUGGGCUACGUGCCAUGUGACCUCGGGAGAUUCCAGGUACCUCGCAAGACCGUUAGUGCAUACGUACAGUGCGCACAAGCGGACCCCCGGGAACUGGGUGACGUAGUGCUGCGUGACUACCUUAUACCAAACAUGCACCUGCAGGUUGCCUUGUACUGCAUACAGGAAAUCCUGAAGUUAAUGGGACUCUACAAGGGUGGUAUCAGGUCAACAAAGGAUUUGGACCAGAUGGCACGCAGGUGGAACAAAUCGUUUGAUAAGGUAAUCCGAAGAGCUAUUGAACCCUAUCGUGCAACCAGUUUCCUGAGGAACAGGUCAAUAGAGAAUUUAAUUGAAACUUGCCUGGAUGUAAAUACAGUACUGGAUAUUAAAUCGUUUGUAUGGUGGCUACUGAAAAUGCUACCUGAUACUUGCCCUGCGCUCCCGCUAUUCAGGGCAUGUGAUUUGGCAAUGGUCAAGAUACCUUCAGUCUUGACGUUCCUCCUGCCAUAUAUAGUGGAGUCAUGCGUGCACUUCCUAGAUGAUGAAAACUGCCUGGUCAUCGGGAAGCGAGUAGCCUCUUUGUUGUGUAACAUCCUGAAACGGGACAGUACCACUUUUGGUAUCAAGUGGGAGCCACCCUAUGAAGUAGUUUGCAAACAUGUACGUAAACUGGAUAUUACAGACCAGUAUACGUCGUGCCAGGCUAUAUUCAAUCUGUUGGACGGUAUAAAGGUGCUGGCAGAUAGAUACCGAAAGGAGCUCAUUAAACUAAGGAAUGAAUCCACGGAUAAUGGCUCUCCCAAGAAGAGGAAGACUGAGUCGGGUACCGAGAAGGUAUCUAACAAGCAUAUAGAGAGGCAACUGGUAGUCAAGAUGAAAAGGCUAGACUCCAUUUUGUUUGCAGUGCCCGAGCUAUUAGUGGCACACGCUGCUAUAUCGUGUGGUUCAUACGCCAGAGGCGUCAUGAUAAUCGAGAAGAAGCUUGCACUGGAGCCGAGGAUAUACAAUUUCAACGACCCAUACAGGUCACUGAGUAACCGCGAGUUAAAAAAGAACGUAGUGGACAAUGGUGGACUGGAUCCACAGACAAUUAUAUCACUGCUAUGCCGUGGUUACCUAGGUCUAGGGGACUACGAUUCGUUGGUGUGUAUCUCAACGAUAGUGCUCAACGAUAACUUCCAGAGAUCGCGCAAAAGCGCUAGCAUCGUGGAUGUAUGUAACAGUAACGUUGAGAACAGCUUCAAUGCACCAGCCAGUGCCCGUAAUCUAGCUGUGUACAAGAACCAGCAGGAUGUAUGCAGAGCGUUUUCAUACGAGUGCCGUGGUAAGUAUAGGGAGGCCUGCGAUGUCUAUAACCGACUGUUGAAGACAUCGCAGGAUCCCAGGCUAUGGGCUAGCUGGUACCGCAUUAUACAGAUGACGGGGCCCACGGUAUUCAUCAAGCUGCCAACACCGGAUCUUGAAAGCUCAGCAGAGUCACUCAUCGCGGAAUCCAUCACUGCAUGCUGGAAGCUUGCGUUAUGGGAUGAGCUGGAUGCAAUAAUGGCCAAGAAGACGUCAACGGAAUGCUCACUGCUGGAGAUACCCUACGAAGAGAUUAAAGGUAGCGAUAUAUUCCUAGUUGAACGACAAAGUACACCACAGGAUUCCAAUUCAUCAGGGUCACUAUCGCAAUUAACCCAGUGCACAGUGGAUGAAAAUGAAUCGGGUGUGUUCUGGGAGUCACUCAUGAUGAGGGAUCCCAUAGAUGUAUGGUUCAUGGAGCAGACGGCUAGUGCCAUCUGCCACCUACAGAAGCAUGAUUACGUAUCAACUGAUGAAACUAUCAAGCAGGGCUUCAAGCACCUCAUAAGGCCCUUGGGGCUAGCCAUAAGGGAGUCUACAGUAGUGGCCAUGAAGUACCUAGACAAAAUAGCAACGCUAAAUGCAUUGCGAUUGUGCAGCAGGUUUAACAGUGGCAAGUACGAUUACCAGGAGCGUGGGUUCGCCAACGAAUUGACUUACUGGGUACAAGGCAGCGCCAAAGACAGCCUAAAGUCGUCCCUGGAUAUCUUGGGAACCGCUAAAGUGGCACUUGAAUUGGGUGGCAAGUCGGAUGCCGCCAUUGAGUUGCUGUUGUCACUUAAUCGGUUAUGCCGGUUGCAUAAAGUGGAUGUACAUAUACCAGGCAGCAUAUCGCUAGCGGAUGAGGCGUUCAGCGGAAGAAGUGACGUUAUAUUGGAGCAUGCCCUGACGUUGCAACACCAGGGGCAGAUUGAUGAGGCCAUAGGGGCAUUGAAGGCACUGGCACGUAACGACUUCGAGGGGUUCUAUAACCUAGUGAAGAUGUACACAGCAAGUAACAUGCUAAUCCCGAAGCGUGCAAUAUUCCACAUGAGGGAGAUAUUGAAAGCAGCACCGCAGAGUUUCAAGGCCAAUAUGUUGUACGCGGAUUACCUGGACAAGUUACUGGACCACCGGCUGCGGAACGCCAGGAACUUGAAGGUGGUACUCAAUGAUUCCGCCAUAUGCUCACGAAGGGGGCCACUGAGUGGUUCAGUGGAGCAUACAUAUAAAAUAACUGGAGUCGACGGUGUGUCCGGGAUAUUCACUUUUGUCCAGUUGGUGCCAGCAACGAUCAACGCCUACCUCCAGGCGUUGACGUUCAUGGUGCCUACCAUGGACAAGGGCGCUGCACUCUCAGGGAAUGACGAUAGAAUAUCGAGCUACUGCGAUAUGAAGCUGCAUAACGACAGUGGCGCCAGCGGUAGGGAGAGCCAUAACACUAGCCACGGCAACUCAACUGAACCCUGGGUUAACAUGGAUAUUGUGGAUAUACUCACCAAAGUAAUAGCGAUACUGUGCUUCUACUGCACGCCGAAUACCAACCAGUGUAUGGGUAAUGUGACAUUUGAGAAUGAAGCGUGCCAGAUUUUCGCCAAUGCCAUCAUGGACUCAUUCAUGCGCCACAACGACCCCUUGCCGCAGUACUACUGGUACUCCGUUAUAUCGCAGUUAAUGAGUCGGUGCAACCAUAAGUUACUGGGACAGCCGUUGUUCCAGACACUAGUGGCCAGACUUGUUGCUAGGUACCCCAAGCAGGCGCUGUGGUCAACGCUCUACUUCGCCCAUUCAGUGAAUUCACAUAUGAGGCAGAUACAUAUAAGCAUCGAGAAGAAAGCACGAGAGAUAUCGCCACCGUCAGCCACUAUAGUGGAGCACUAUCGGUCCAUAUUCACGGAGCUUAUACACGUAGCAAUGGAUACCAGCGUGUCCAUAAACGAGAAGUCGGCCUUGAGGUUCCAGGGGUUGUGGCGACUAAUUAAUAGUAACGACUGCAAGAAGUACGUCAUCAUACCCACUAAUCGGAACCUAAGCUUCGAGUUCAUAGUGCAUUACGACCAGAUGGUAGAAAAAUCACGUAUAUGCGGCCUGGACGAACAGAUGAGAAUAUUAAAUUCAAAGCAGAAGCCUAAACGAGUUGGGUUCAUAGCGGCUAGUGGUGACUUGCUUAACUUUCUGAUAAAGAAUGAAGUAAAAGGCGAUUUGCGCAAAGAUAAACGUAUGAUGGAAGUGACACAGUAUAUAGCGAAGUUAUUAAGGAACCAGCAUACAGGGAUGCCGCUGCAGUGCUAUAGUGUGGUACCACUAAGCGAAGUCGCCGGGAUAAUUGAAUGGGUGCCUAAUAUGGCAACCAUGCGAUCAGUGGUUACAGAAGAGCUGCGCAGGGUCUCGGAGUCCAUUGACCGUGAGUGCAGAGCAGAUAUCUCAAACUACGCCACUAGCGUAACGGAUAAGAACUACGUAGAGAGCUUGAACCUGUUCCGGAAACUGUGUGAUAGAAGACCGCCGGUAUUACAUCGAGCUUAUUAUAAAGUGUUCAAGAGAGACCCUACGGCAUGGUUCACCGCAAGAAAGGAGUUUAUACAUACAUGCGCCGUAUGGAGCAUACUGGGAUAUAUAGUAGGCCUAGGUGACCGGCACGCAGAGAAUAUCUUGCUUAACCUAUUGACCGGACAGAUCAUGCACGUUGACUUCGAUUGUCUGUUUGGCAAGGGGUUACAACUAGCUGUACCCGAGCUCGUGCCCUUCAGGAUGACACAGAAUGUCGUAUGUAACCUCGGAGUAUGCGGUACCGCCAACGACGGGCCGUUCUACUCACAAGCACUCAAGUUCCUCCAAACGCUACACCUAGAAAGGCAUAAAAUUACUGCCAUAUUGAUGAAUUUUGUAUUCGAUCCGCUUAUAGAAUGGCAUAGAGGUGAGCAAGUACACAAUGCAGCUGGACAUUCCCAAAAGGUAAUACAGUGCAUAGAAAAUAAAUUAAGAGGAGCAUUGAACGUGGUAAUGCCGUCAGUAGAAAUUAACUCUAGCCAUUCAAAGUCAAGAGAUGAAGAGGACCUGAGCGAUGCUCAGGCACUGCAGAACUUCGAAAGUGUAGCGGAGUUCAUGGAACCACGUGAACAGUUGCAGAAACUGAUCCAAGUAGCAACGUCACACGCUCACUUGUCGAAGAUGUUUGUAGGAUGGGCUCCAUGGUUGUAGCCCCUUACAGUUUGUUGCGAUUAU